GCGUUGUGGAGGGCGAAAUGAAGCUUCGGAAUGGUUGAAGACAACCAAGAGCUCGUCUUCCUCGUCUUCUGCAUCUUCAGCGUCUUCCUCGCCCAGAUCGUCCACUCGCUCAGCGCAUGUUAAGAGCAGCGGGAAUCUGGGAAACUCCAUGAAGAGAUCAUCGAGCUCGACAUACUUGGUUCAGCUAGGACUGCUGGACGAGGAAUUGAGCAGCUUCAGACGAAAAUCUUUCACUCCAAUCCAGCCCUGCAUCGAGGCAAAGGAUGCAGAGUUUGAGAAGGCCAGAGUGAACCUUGGGAACAAUGCAGGCCUGCUGUACACGGAUGCUGCUCAUUUGCUAAGAGAGUCGCACGAAUGAGGGGGGGGAGAUGCUGUACAGAGAUAACUUUUUAUUCUUUUUAAUGAAAUGUAUCAUGCGAU